UAACGUCAAUGUAAAACACACGCUUCUAAGUACGAAAGUGUGGGCCCACGCGUUUUUGUAAAUGGGCCCACUCAGUCGCCCACACCACAAAACAACCUUCUCUCCGCUGCCGGAGCCCAAUUUUCGAUCCUUUUACGGCCUUCUUUCUUUCUUCUUCUAUUCUCUGUUAAUAGUCUUUUUCACCCUCACAAAUCUCAGCAACAAAAACAACAUAUGUAACUGUAGCAGAUUGUGUCCACUCACACAAUCUGCCAAAAGUUUUGGCAAACCCCAAGUAUGAUCAGUAAAGGUUUUUUGGACUCUACUCAUUCAUUUCUCUUAGCUACUAGUAUUAUUAUUAUUUUUGUAGACCAUACUUAUCCUCUCUCUACUAUAUAUAUAUAGAGAGAGAGCCUGACUGAACUUGCCAUUCGCUACUAGUUCCAGUAUUCCAUGUUAUCAUCUUUCUCUUUUGGUAUCGCCUCCACCUCCCCGACGUAGCAUCUGCUUGUAGAUUAAGCGUGGAAUUGCAGCUUAAUUUUUUCUUUUAUCAACUUUUGAUAAUGAUGAAGCGGCAAUCACAAGAUGAUCCCAGACCUAGAUUGGAUGGUGCUUCUUCCGAUGAUAAACGACGCCGAAGAGUUCCUUCUCUCAGAAGUGUGAUUAUGGAAGUAGUGAAUAUGCGUAGAGUGCAACAUUUUAUGGAGCCAGUUUUGGAGCCACUGAUUCGUCGAGUGGUAAAAGAGGAAGUUGAAUUGGCGCUCAGGAAGUAUAUGACCUCCAUGAAACGGAAUUGCGGGAAAGAUGUAUAUGCUUGUGAACUUAGAAGCCUGAAACUGAAGUUUCUAGAUCUCAUUUCUCCCCCGGUAUUUACUGGAACUCGCAUAGAAGGAGAGGAAUCUAGUUUGAAAAUAGCGCUGGUUGAUGUUCUUACCGGGAAAGUUAUCUGUAGUGGUCCUGAAUCCUGUGCAAAAGUUGAAAUAGUAGUACUUGAGGGAGAUUUUGACAGUGAUGAUGGGGACAACUGGACUUCAGAAGAAUUUAAGAGUAACAUUGUCAGAGAAAGGGAAGGGAAAAAACCUCUCCUUACUGGGGAUGCAUUUUUGUAUCUUAAGGAGGGCAUUGGAUGGGUGAGUGAUAUUUCAUUUACAGAUAACUCAAGUUGGACAAGAAGUCGUAAAUUCAGGCUGGGUGCCAGGGUUGUUGAUAGCUUUGAAGGGAUCAGUGUACGAGAGGCAAAGACAGAAUCCUUCAUUGUUAGGGAUCACCGGGGAGAGCUGUACAAGAAGCAUCAUCCCCCAUCUCUUUCGGACGAGGUAUGGAGGCUGGAAAAGAUUGGCAAAGAUGGAGCUUUCCACCGACGUUUGAGCAAGGAAAGAGUCCACACUGUGAAAGAUUUUCUGACUCUACUCUAUCUAGAUCCUACAAGGCUUCGGAAUGUUCUUGGGACUGGUAUGUCCACCAAAAUGUGGGAAGUCACGGUAGAACAUGCUCGAACAUGCGUACUUGACAAGAAAGUGUACUUGUACUAUCCAUCUGUAUCCGUUCCAAAAUCUGGUGUUGUUUUUAACAUUGUUGGACAAGUGAUGGGGCUUCUUCCGGACUGUCAGUUUGUUUCUGUUGAUAAAUUGUCUGAAACUCAGAAGGAUGAUUCUCGUAAUUUGGUGAUUUGUGCAUUCAGGCACUGGGAAGAAGUAAUCUCUUUUGAGGAUGAGUCCUCUCUUAUGGAUUGGGUUAUGCAAAUUUCAGCUGUUCAGUUCUCCUCAAGCUCACCCCUGGUGGGUAAUUCUGAUGCAAGCGACAAUGUUUUAACUUCCCAGAAGGUUAGCAGAAGCGAGUAUCAGCAACUAAGUGCGUCAACCCCUGACAUCAUGCCAUCUUUCUGUUCAAUUGCUGGUUUCAGCAGCUUGGAUGACUAUGUCUUGCAUGGUAUAGACAACAUGGAUGUUAGGUUUGACCAACCAUUAAAUUUCCCAGGGCAAGACACCAACACCUUGAUGGCUGAUACUGAUUCUAUAACUCCCCCAUCAUUUUGUGAUGAUGAUCUGCCUUUCUUUGACACCAACUAUUCCCUUCCCAGUCCAGGCUUUGCUCCAUCACCUGAUCUACAGUGUGCUGUCAACAGCUUUCUUGCUCAUAGUAGUGCAAUUGUUCCCCUGGAUAAAGCUCAACGGAGAUGGAAGAUGCUAUUUAGUGUUCUCAGAUGGUUCUCUGUUAGGAGGAUCGUCAACAGACGAACCAUCAUAUCUUGAAGAGUGAUGUUCUCUCUAUGCAGAGGAAAAAGGAUCUGUAGGAAAUUGCUGCCCGAUGCAAAAUUGUGUGCAGUAGUAGUCGGUAGAAUUUCUGUUGAUAUAUGUAAAAUUGGUCAGUUAGCGCCAAUGAUGCUUUUCAGAUUCAAUUCACUCUCCCUUUUCUUUUUCAUUUUUUAGAUUUUUGAAUCAAAAUUUGAGUCUUGUGAAUGUUAUAGUCCUUGGUGCCAAUCUGAUGAGAGGUUUGUACAUAUUAGGUCGAUAUGUGUAGCCGCAGCAACAACCUUUGCUGCAUUAUUUAGUGUGUUCAUGUGCAGAUUUCCAAUUAAUCUCGUGUUAAAUUUCGAA